GCCGCCGCCGCUGUUGCAGGGGCUGCGCUGGAGAGCUGGCCCGGGCGCACUGUGUGCGGUGACGGCGGCGGCAGCUGGCGCCGCUCGGUCCCUUGCUCCGGAGGAGGAGGAGGAGCUGUGCGCCCGGGAAUCCUGGGCAGGGGAGCCGCCGCCGUCGGAGCGGGGCCCUGAGAGAACGGAGCGGAGCCGAGGGCUCGGGAGCAGCCGCGGCUUCCAGCCCCCGGGGGACACGCACGACCCGGCCUGGCCGAAGCCGGUGAAACCCUAGCAGCAGCAGAGCGCAGAGCCCCGUGGUCUCCUUCCUCCCGGGGAACUCAGCCGGGCGGCGCCGCGGAGCGGUCCCAGCCGCAGGUCGAAGGAGCCGGGAACUCCGGGGAGAGGCGAAGCCCAGCAUGCUGCCGGAGGAUGCCUGAGGCUGGCCGGCCUGCAAGCGGGCGGCUUCCCGGGCCCUCCCGGAGCCUACUCGGAGGAAUGGUGACCGCGGGCUGCGUCUUGGUCUUCUCCUUGGCUGUGGUCGUGAAUGGUGCCGGUGCCGGUACCGGCCCGGGUCCGGGGCUGGUCAUCUCUCACCUGGAGCCUCGCCCUGCCAGGAGAGCCACAGAGCAACUGAGGAGUGAGCCCAGAACUCAGGAGGAGUUGAUCUUCUCAAGUGGGGAGAGCAUCGAGCUCGGAUGUGAGGCUCAGGACACGUCCAUGCUGUCCUGGUUCAAGGAUGGUGUGGCGAUCUUCCCCACCAACAGGACCCACAUCGGGCCCGACCUGCUGAAGAUCAUCAACGUCUCAUAUGACGACUCUGGGCUCUACACCUGCCGGCAGAAGCAUUCCAGUGAGGUUCUCUGCAACUUUACCAUCCGGGUGACCGAGUCCCCAUCGUCUGGUGAUGAUGAAGAUGAUGAAGAUGAAGGAGAAGAGUCAGCCGUGCCUGACCAUCCAAGGGAGCCUGACCUUCCUCACCCACCUCUCCAUGGUGCCCCAUACUGGACCCGCCCAGAGCGAAUGGAAAAGAAACUCCUCGCUGUUCCUGCUGCAAACACAGUCCGCUUCCGGUGUCCAGCUGCGGGCAACCCCACCCCUACCAUCUACUGGCUGAAGAAUGGCAAAGAAUUCAGAGGAGAACAUCGGAUUGGGGGGAUCAAGCUAAGACACCAGCAGUGGAGCCUCGUGAUGGAGAGCGUGGUGCCCUCGGACCGAGGGAACUACACCUGCGUGGUGGAGAACAAGUACGGCAGCAUCCAACAGACCUAUACCCUGGAUGUCCUGGAGAGGUCCCCACAUCGGCCCAUUCUGCAGGCCGGCCUCCCGGCCAAUCAGACCGUGGUCGUGGGGAGCAACGUGGAAUUCCACUGUAAGGUGUACAGCGAUGCCCAGCCCCACAUUCAGUGGUUGAAACAUGUAGAGGUGAACGGCAGCAAGUACGGUCCGGACGGAACGCCCUACGUCACCGUCCUCAAGACGGCAGGAGUUAACACAACGGAUAAGGAGCUAGAAAUUCUCUAUUUGCGCAAUGUCACCUUUGAGGAUGCGGGGGAGUAUACUUGUCUUGCUGGGAAUUCUAUUGGGUUCUCACACCACUCUGCUUGGCUGAUGGUGCUCCCAGCUGAAGAAAUGGUUGAAAUGGAUGACUCAGGCAGCGUCUUUGCUAGCCUCCUCAGUUAUGGGCUUGGGUUUUGUCUCUUCAUUGUGGUGGUGGCGGUGACCGUGGCCAUUUGUCGGCUGAAGAUGCCCUCCAAGAAAGCCAUCAACACCCCCACUGUUCAGAAGGUGUCCAAGUUCCCGCUGAAGCGACAGGUAACAGUGUCCCUGGAGUCGAACUCGUCCAUGAAUUCCAACACGCCCCUGGUGAGAAUCGCCCGCCUCUCCUCCAGCGAGGGGCCCAUGCUGGCCAACGUGUCUGAGUUGGAGCUUCCUGCCGACCCCAAGUGGGAGCUGUGCAGAUCUCGUCUCACCCUGGGAAAACCUCUUGGCGAAGGCUGUUUUGGCCAGGUGGUGAUGGCGGAAGCCAUAGGCAUCGAUAAAGACAAACCCAACAAGCCUGUCACCGUAGCUGUGAAGAUGUUGAAAGAUGAUGCCACAGACAAGGACCUGUCUGACUUGGUCUCCGAAAUGGAAAUGAUGAAGAUGAUUGGCAAACAUAAAAACAUCAUUAACUUGCUGGGAGCCUGCACACAGGAUGGCCCCCUUUACGUCCUUGUGGAAUAUGCGUCCAAGGGGAACCUUCGGGAGUAUCUGCGAGCCAGGAGACCCCCGGGCAUGGAUUACUCCUUCGAUACCUGCAAGCUUCCAGAGGAACAGCUGACCUUCAAGGACCUGGUGUCCUGCGCCUACCAGGUGGCCCGAGGCAUGGAGUACCUGGCCUCUCAGAAGUGCAUUCACCGGGACCUGGCUGCCCGGAAUGUACUAGUGACGGAGGACAGUGUGAUGAAGAUCGCAGACUUUGGCCUGGCCCGGGACGUGCACAACAUUGACUACUACAAGAAAACCACCAAUGGGCGGCUGCCUGUGAAGUGGAUGGCUCCCGAAGCCCUGUUUGACCGAGUGUACACUCACCAGAGUGAUGUCUGGUCUUUUGGUGUUCUGCUUUGGGAGAUCUUUACUCUAGGAGGGUCCCCCUACCCUGGGAUUCCAGUGGAGGAACUCUUCAAGCUGUUAAAAGAGGGCCAUCGGAUGGACAAACCCGCCAACUGUACCCAUGACCUAUACAUGAUCAUGCGGGAGUGCUGGCAUGCUGUCCCAUCCCAGAGACCCACCUUCAAGCAGCUAGUUGAAGACCUAGAUCGAGUCCUCACAGUCACAUCAACAGAUGAGUACCUGGACCUGUCUGUGCCUUUUGAACAAUACUCCCCCACCUGCCAGGACAGCCACAGCACCUGCUCCUCAGGAGAUGACUCGGUGUUUGCCCAUGACCUGCUGCCCGAGGAGCCCUGCCUCCCCAAAGCCCCGAAGUGUAAUGGCGCCCUCAGGACGUGAUAGCCUCCUCCAGCCGCCCGGCCAGGGCCUGUGGGGAGCUGAGCUCGUCCCGAAGGGAGGCCUGGAAGCCUGGAACCAGAGGGGACAGACCGUCCAUCCAGGAGGAUGGGGUCUGGGCCCAGGCUGGCCUGGUGAAACUUUGUUUUCCCCCCAAUCAUUUUUGCUGUAGAAAGAAGCCGAGAAGCACUGUAUGGCCUGAAAGAAGAAAAAUCUCUUGCCAAGAUGAUUAUAUGAUAGUAUAUAUAUAUAUAGAUUUUUUAUAUAUAUUAUAUAUAUAUAUAUUGGAAAAUAGAAUGUUCAGUCUAGCGGUUGUCGGCUCUCACCCCUUCUCCCCUUCCCCCCAAAGGAAGAGGGAUAGACACAAAAUCGCCAAUAUGUGCUAUGAUGUAAAGAAGACUCUUUUGAGGGUUCUGGGUUAGGAAGGUAUGUGGGGAAACAGGAGAAAGGCAGUGUGGUACAAUGGAUAGAGAGCCUGGACUCGAUUCCCAUCUCUACUACUGUACUUCCUGAGCCAUCCUGGACAAGUCACUACCUCUCUGGGCCCGUUUCCUCCAUGGGAAAAGUAGGAGGUUGGACAAGGUCAGCUCCUGUGAUCUAGAGAAGGGUUGGAAGAGGAAGGAAGGUGGGGGUGGGGUUGUAGUUGUUGGGGAUUUUUUUUUCUUUCCAUGAUGAAUGUAGAGAGAUUGCCUUUAUGCAGGCUACCUGGGGGCCAUUUGGAUGGGAGCAGAUCCCUUGUCCCUUCAGAGGACUAAGCGCAGGUAUGGUCCCACCUACUGCAUGGUGACUCUGAGUCUGAGAGGAAGCAGCAUUACAAAGAUGGAGAAUGAGGCCUUUGGCUCGAAGGGACAGUCUUGGCUCCAGGAGCCACAGACUAGGAUGCUCUUGGCCUUCUCCCAAUUAAUGAAGGUCUGAGUGGAGUGGAAAAAGAAGGGAUCGGUGGUCCCACUUGGGUUGAGGGGCAGCCAGAGACAAAGGGUAUCUAUCUAUCUUCAGCUCCAUGCUCUGGUGAUUAGGAUGAAGGAGGAGGCAAAAGCAGGAAACGUUUCAGGCAUUGCAAAGGGAGCGACUAGGUCUCUGGAGCAGGAGCAGGGGACUAGGGCAAGAGUUUUGUGUUGGAGUAAGUGUCAGGGCAAUGUUGGAAGUGGAGUAAGGGUCAAGCCCCAUAUUUCCUCAGUGAGUAACUAAGGAUGGAGCCAAAGUCAAGACAGGUAGGGCAAAAUAAUGAAAGAGACUGGGCUUGGAGGGAUUCAGAAAAUCUGAAUCAAAGCCCAGUUCUAACAUUUCCUUAUGAGUGUAAUCUCGAGCAAUUUUCUUCCUCCUCCUAGGUCUCAGUUUCCUCCCCUGUCAAAUGGCAGAGUCAGCAAUUUCAGGCUCUAAAUCCCAUGAUCCUCUAGAUUACUUUCUCCUGUUUUGUUCUGAGUUGCUUUGGGGGAACUAGGAUUCCUGCCUCAGGGGAGUGAUUGGUUGGUUGGUUGGUUGGUUUGGAGUUGGGCUUUUUGUCUUCUGUAUUUAAAGAGAAGCAUCACAGGUGUCAGCAAUCCCCAUCUCCUUCCCCCAUUCCGUGAAGAUUUGAAAUUACGGGUACCUGAAGGGAGGAGCCUUUAGCUUAUAUCAGAAAAGGUUUAUUCCAGACAAUUGUGUAUAUACAUAUAAAUAGAUGCUGUGUGUGUGUGUGUGUGUGUGUGUGUGUGU